UGUUUCUAUCAUCGUUGUAUUCGCAUACUGGCAACUCUCGUGGUAGGGACACCCAGCGUGUACACAGGCUGGUCACAGCAUGGUCACAGUCACACGUCACAGAUACAAGUCAUAAGAUUUAGAAUUACUCAUAAGCACAUCGGUCGAAAGGGACGAAAGGACAAAAGCUUAAUGUUUUAAAAUUCUUACAUUGUUCAAAGAAUAAAGGUGAGUAAUGGGCGAGAAUACUUGGAAAAUUGGUGAAGCAGUCGAGAUUCCAGAAGAGGCUAUUAAGAUAGCAUUAGAGAAUGAAAUAUCAUUAUCAGACAGGUUUUAUUUAUUAGCAAAACGAUCACCAUUUUUUUUAGCUGGCAUAGUUGGUUUAACUACUGUUUGUGGAAUAGGUGCAUAUAAAUGGAAAACGCGAACAGUAAAACCUUCUAUAUUUAUUGUACAACUCAGAGUUGCAGCUCAGGCUACAGCACUUGGUAUCAUCAGCUUAGGAAUGUUUUAUGGCAUGUAUAACGAUUAUAUAAAGAAGAAGAAGAAGGAAUAACAUUCAUCAUUUAAUGUUAGAAAGAAAUAAGGAGACAGAACAUUCAAUCGUAUUCAAAGAGUAAAAUAAAAUAUAUUUAUUUUUAGUAAUAUGGAGCUUGAAAGCUAUUUAUGAUUAUUAAAUUUAGAUACUUUAUGUGAUUAUCAAAUUUUGUAGAAGAAUACUAUAGACGAUAUGCAAUUAUAUGCAAUAAUAGUUUAGUAUUAUUUAAAUACUAUAUUUAAAGAUACUAUUUAUUACAUAAAUUAUUGUUCUUGAAAUAUAGUGUCUCAUAAGAUAAAUAAUGUUUCAAGAAAAAAGAACUGUAAAAAUUGAACAAUAAAAUGUAAUAAAAUGAAUAAAUUUAAGUGAAAAAUUAGAA